GGAGCCUAACUCCUCAAAAGGAAAGUGGACAGAUGAAAAUUGACGAUCCUCAUCUCUCCACGCCUCUAUUUCUUGUUUCUAUGCCAAGAUAAAUCUAACUAAACAGAAAAAAGAACCAAUACAAAACAUCGAGAUAAUUCACCAUCAAAUUCGAGAGAAUCCAUGGCUAGGGGAAGUGGAACAUUUUUCAUGGCCACACUAAUCAUAUGGGUUAUCUCAAUUCUCUACGAGAUACUAAUUAACAACCGCACCCAACUCAUCCCAAUCAUUCUUGGUUUCUUAUUCUACCAGUCAGCAAAUUGGGUCAUCCGUAUUUCACAGCUAAAUCACAACCCUCUCUUUGUUAACACGUGUGUAUCUCUCCUCCAUUCAUUCACUACUUCCACUUCAGUUCUCUUCAUUUUAACCAAUCAGUUUAUUAAGUUAAACAACGUUAAUCAAAUGUUUGAACACUCACAGCUUGUUGAACACACGUGGCCGUAUGCAUUUCCAGCUUUAUGCUUUUCAUCUGGUUAUUUCGCUUAUGAUCAAUUAGAUAUGCUAAUACAUAAAUUAUACAGCGGUUUUAUUCCUUCAAUCCUAGUGCAUCAUUUCUUGCUUCUUAUCUGCUUCACACUUGCUUUGUAUCGAAAUGUUACGAUUAAUUACCUUAUACUUACUCUCAUUUGUGAGCUGCAUUCUGUGUUUCUGCAUACACGUAAAGUUCGUCGAAUGGCGGGUUUUCGUGAUUCAACUUGUGUUGUUGUGAAGGUGGAAUGGGUUCUUAACUGGACAAGUUUUGUUCUAGCAAGAGUUGUGUCUCAUGUUCUUAUCACUGUUAAGCUGAUAAGAGAUGCUGACAAGUUUGAUAAGGGCGGUGUUGAACUUCCACUUGCUCUUUUUGGUAUGGCUGGGAUGAAUUUGCUUAAUGUGUUUUUAGGAAUUGAUCUUUUUAAGGCUUACAGGAGAGAGAUGUAUCCUCAGAGGAGUUAUCAAAAUCAUCAAGAUUGACAAUUCUAGUAUGCUGAAAUGGAUGUUUGAAGGAAUUGUUGGACCAAGGUCCCAGAUAGUUAAUGAAGUUUCAAAGUCUUGAUUAAGAAGGCCCUAAUGUAGAGGCUAUUUUAGUUUUUUUUUUUAGAGGCUUUGAAUCCGUCCAUGCUGUAAACGAUGAGGUGUUCACCAUUGGUCUAUGCGGAUCAAGGGCUCAGCUGACGCGUGAAACACUCUGCCUCAAGUAUAAAUAGGAUAUUAGGUCUUUCUUUUACACUUAGCUUGUUUCUGUAUGAUGAAGACUCUUUGUGAGUUGGGCAGUAUCCCAAAACCUCUCCAAUUGUAUCUCAUAUUUGAAUGUUAAUCUAAUCAAUUUCGAGUGUACUUUCAUUACU